GUACUCACACUGGUAGGUAGUAGUUGUUUGCUAAUAAACUUUUUUUAGGUGUCAAAUUGGUUUGCCCACUAAAUCAAAUCCAUAUCACACACAAAAAUGGCCACUGGUGACUUUAAUAAAACUUAUACCUAUAAAUCAUCGGAUAAUGUUUUGGGAUUUUUGAAAGCUAGAGGAGUUCCCGAUGAUCUGGCUGCUCAGUAUGCAGCGGCUAAGCCGACACUUGAAUUGAGCAAAAAGGGUGACCAGUAUACUAUUAAGCGGGUGUUUGCCGACGGCCGAUCCCAUGAGGUUAGCUUCGAGUUGGGCAAAGAGUUUGAUGAGACCCGACCUAAUGGUACCACCAUUAAGAGUGUAGUGGUUGCCGGUGAGGGUAAACAAUUGAUUCAAACACAAAAGGGAGACAAAGAGGUCAAAAUUGUAUACGAUUUCAAUGGCGAUGAUGUGGUCAGUACUGCUACCAUCACCGGUGAAGGUGUGUCCGCUAAAUGGGUUUUCUCCAGAAAUCAAUAAAUCAAAAAAAACAAAACAUCAUUUUUCUCUAGAAAAUAAAUAACAACUGAUUUUUUAAAAAAAUAUGUUUUUUGUAAUAUUUGCAAUAAACUAAUUGAUUGAAUAAAAAUAAAAAGUUUUUUUUAUAG